UAUCGAGCCCUGCACUAUGGCGAACGUCGUGACAAUGCAUGAACGGCGUGAUCUGUCAUCGCACAACUUAACACAAUACAUUGUUUACAAGUCCACAUGUACACGGGAACAACAACAAAUUUGCCAGAUCAACAGCAAUUCACAUCGAAAAUUCAGAAGAAAAUCUUGGUGGAACAGCAAUUGACUGAACGAUGGCUGGAGUUGGAGAAGAAUUCCAAUGCAUUCCGAUACAAAUUGAAUGUGCAGAAGCAGAAAACCCUCGAUGGAAAAUUCAAUGCAAUCGUACAGUUGAACACCGAACGUACAUCAUUGCGACGUAAACCACAGGUCAUCACAUCAAUCGUUCAGCCGUUCGACGAGAAUGUAUUUAAUUUCAAAAAAGUGAACGAGUGUGAGAUAUUACUUCGAUGCCACGAUCAAUUGAAUGCGAAAUCAUCGGCCCCACAUGGAAUAGUGACGUUUUUGGUGAACAACAGCCCAUUAACAAAAUACCAUUCACUGAUUUGUCCGAGAGUAAACGAAAAUCUGUCACAGAUCAUGAAUAAAGAGUGCAUUGAAUUCGCCAUUGACUUGAUGACCGGUCUAGAUGACCAUGGCUACCGACUUGGCUAUAAUAGCCUGGGUGCAUUUGCUUCGGUUAAUCACUUACAUUUGCAUCUGAUUCAUGUACCAGAGAAACUUUACCUUGAAGAUGCUGAAAUCAUCGAAAUGUCUGAUAAUGUAUUCAAAAUCGAAUUUCCAACAUUCGCAAUGUGUAUGCCGGUUUUUCACUGGACUGACAGAGAAGCUGUUGCCAACAAAUUCAUGAAAAUAAUUACAUAUUUUUGUGAAAAAUCAAUACCGCACAACAUAUUCAUCACACAUGGAAGACAUCGCGAUACAAAUUUGGUGAAAAUUUUUAUUUUUCCACGGUCAAGUAUGUCGGAUAAACAUGUCGCCUCGUUCAACAUAGCAUUUUGUGAAUUGGUGGGAUAUGUUCCGGUUGGAGAUGUCGACGUAUAUGAGAAUCUUACGGAGGAUUUUCUUCUCGAUAAAAUAUCAACAGCCAUUGGACCAAUUGAUCGUCAAGCGAUUGAGGCUGAUAUCUUAAAAUUGAUAUCGAACGACAUCAUAGAUUGAAACUAGAUUUAGAAUUAAAAAAUAAUAAGCAAAAAUCUAUGGAUUAUUCUAAUUUAUUUAAAGCCAAAUAGAGACGACUUGUCUAAAAUAAGAAAAAUAUCAAAAGAAAAUUAUAGGCACAUGAGAUUUUUGGAACACCGGAAUAUUUCUCAAAAAAAUCUUUUUAUCCAAAGGAAAAUUUUCCAGAAAAUUUAAUGAUUUGUUGAAGAAAAAUUCACAAAUUUCGGAAAACGUUCAUUAGGAGAGAAUUUUUUUGGGAAAUGUUCCGGAAUUCGAUAUUUAUACCAUUUAUUUGAAGUAGAAUUUUGAAAAAAUCUAUGCAUAUUUUCAAUGAGCAACUCUUAUUAGCAUGUAUGUAUGUAAGAUUUUUAAAAGAGGUUCAAUUUUUUUCAUUCAUCAAAUAAUCAAAAAAUUAGAAAAAAAUACGCUGGAUCCAUGCACUUUCCAUUUUCUGGUAAGCUAACACGGCAUCGACUAACUAACUGAAGACAAAUUAAGCAAAUUCAGUUGUGUUGUAUGAGUUUUCAUAAAUUUAAAUAAUUUAAAUAAUUUCAUUGAUUUUGAUCAUUCUGAA